UGCGCCGAAGGACGCACGGCACGCGCCACACUCAAACUCCAGCCUUUAGACCGCGAAGAUCGGCGACUUCUUGCUGUUCCUACUGUUGUUAAACCGAUCGCGCGAUCUCUGUGUCCGGUGCGCUCUUACCGACGCGAUCUCCGCGCGGUACCACCGGUACCAAAAAAGGAAUAGCGAACGAAAAUCUCGUCGAGACGUGUUCACACCGAGUAACAAUUCCGCGAGUUGCUAAACGCGAGUUCGAAUGUCAUCGAGUUGUGUUAUUUUCCACCAUGCCUUAAGCUUCCACCGAAGAUUGGGGAAAGUUCAAGAGCCAGUUCAAGAGCCUUUUAAACAUUUUCACAAUCAUAUGAAACGCCUGUGAGCAUAAUUUCGGGGAUGAUCGUCGUUUGAUGCGGCCCGAUCGUCGAAGCAAGCGUCGGAAUUAUGGCCCUGACGACGAACCCGCGCGACUAUCCGGUGACCACCGCGAUGAUAACGACCACGUACUCGGGCACGAGAACGUUCGAUUCCUUGUACCCCUCGCCGUACAAUUCCCCGAGCUAUGAUUCCGUGAAAAUCCCGUACGGCGAGAACUUCGGGCACAAAGGUGAGCACACGCCGCGGAAAGAGUCGGAGCCGGCCGGCUACGAGAACGAGGCGGUUCCGAAAUACUCGAGAACCCCGGACUCGUACGACAGGAGUUCUUUCGGUGUGUUGACACCCAUGACACCGCAGAGGUACGAACCACAGCACGCGAUAAGUCACACGGUUUCUCCCAGGUCGAUGUUACACGAAGAGAACUCCGUUGAAUACGUCCCCGCGGCUUAUUGCUACGAGACACCACCGCAGGAACAAAAAUUUCAGAUGCUUGAAAAGAGCAAGCCGAUGCAGAUGAUCGCCGAACCGCGCAGGACUUGUUGGGAACCUGUCGCGUCCGCGCAGAAGCAAUUGUCGCCGACGAACAGCCCGCGGCGUGGAAGACGACGAUCACGGGACGUGCCACCCUCGCCGAGCGUCUUGAAGCGGCGACGUCUCGCGGCGAAUGCGCGGGAAAGACGCCGGAUGAACGGUUUGAACGACGCUUUCGACAAAUUGAGGGAAGUCGUCCCGAGCCUGGGUGCCGAUCACAAGCUCAGCAAGUUCGAGACGUUGCAAAUGGCGCAAACGUACAUCGCGGCGCUGUGCGAUCUUCUCCAGAGACACGAUGGAAAAUGGCAAUAACGAAAGUAGGUCGUUGCAAUGGGUAGGAAUAAAUGUUGUUCUGCCGCUUGUUAUUUUAUUAACCCGUCGACGAAUUUUAUUUUCCGAUGUACGAUCGUUAUUCAACUGUUACAAUCGCUGGUCAGCCGGACAGCGAUUGUACAAGGACAUAUGAGCCGUUUUAUUUUGAAAGUGGCACGAGUCACUUUGUUUUCA